AUGGGGCGGCCCCAUCGCGCGGACGUCCACCCACCCGUGAAGCCUCAUGUCAAAACCGCCGUUCCUGCUUUGGUGCUCACGCCGGAAGAAGAGCUUGCUGCCGUCUCGGCAUUCCUCGCUGUUCUCCCGUCGAACACCAUCCCCAAGUCUGUCGAUCCCGCGAAGCCCAUCGACCCGCAACUCGUCCUUGACUUCAAUGUUCGUGCCCCGAGCGCCCGUAAGGAGCUCGAUCAGACCGUGAAGGAGACAUGGGCCCGGUACCCCGUGAUGGCGUUCGCAAAGAAACAUUCCGCCGUCUCGCGCGAGGUGGUGAGGAUGCUUGAGAGCAUGCAGCUUGCCCCCGCCCCGAAAGUUUUCGAGGUUGACCAACGCUCCGACAAGGCGGUCCUGUUCCCGCUUAUUGAGCGCAUCACUGGUGCGACCGAGUUCCCGGUCCUCGUCAUCGGCGGCAAGCCCCAGUACGGGAUUGAUGCGCUGCGCAAAAUGCACGAGUCGGGCGAGCUCAAGGAGCUCGUCGAGGCUGCAGGUGCCCAGGUCGACGGUGCACACCGCAAGAAGGGCCGGCGAUAA